AUGAUGGCGCAGUUCCUGCUCCUCAUGGUGGGGCUCGACAAGGUCUACUACUCCCCGCUGGGGAAGUUCAUGGACGAGAGGGACGCCGAGCGUGAAGGACACGUCGAGCGAGGUGAAGCAGCUGGAGGAGCAGAAGGAGACGCAGGAGGAGCUGGAGGAGAAGCUCAAGGAAGGGAGGAAGAAAGUGGAAGGGGAGCUCCAGGAGGCGCUGGCGAAGCUGGAGAAGCAGAAGGAAGAGACUAUCGUGUCGUUGGAUGCCCAGAUUGGCGCCCUCAGUGA